AUGGCAGAACAUUUAGCUCGGAUCUUAGGUACUGAGGAGGAUCGUGUUAACUGUCCAUUCUACUGGAAAAUUGGAGCGUGCCGUCAUGGUGAUCAAUGUAGCAGGAACCAUUAUAAGCCUACUAAUAGUCCAACGGUGAUUAUGAGGCAUAUUUAUGAGAAUAGCCCAGUUGCGCUUGCGAUUGCUGAAGGCCAGGAAGUUAACGAUAAGCUUGCAGACGAAGAAUCAGAUAAGGUGGAGGUUUUUUACGAGGAGAUUUUCAAGGAACUGUCCAAAUAUGGAGAAAUUUCGGAGUUAUUGAUUUGCGAUAAUAUAGGUGAUCAUAUGAUUGGGAAUGUAUACGUUCGUUUUUCUACGGAGGAAUAUGCAAAAGCUGCAUUGGUGAAUCUUAGAGGAAAGAUGUAUGCCGGGAAACCUAUAGAUAUUGAGCUUUCACCUGUUAGUGAUUUUAAGGAAGCUCGAUGUAGGCAAUAUAUAGAUGGUUGUUGCAAUAGGGGAGGGUACUGUAACUUUAUGCAUAUAAAGCAUGUACCAAGAUGUGUAAAGGAUAAGAUAUUUGAUCAAAUGUAUUCUGAACAUCCAGAAUAUCUUUAUAGGAAAACAAAUUCAUGUGGGAAGUCCAGCACUAGAGAUGAUGGAAAAAACUUAGAAUCAUCAAGACCUCGCAAGUUCCAAAGACAAUCAUCGGAAGAAAGAAGACUAAUGAUAGAAUCAUGGAAUAAACGCAGAGAAAACAAUUCUUAG